AAAAGAAAUUAUAUUGGAAUGCGUGUAUCUGAUCUUUUUUGUCCAUACAGAGGAGGUGAAGUGCCAGAGGAGUUAAGUCGCCAGCGCCGUGUCUCAUCUAAUAGAAAACAACUACUCCAAUCUCGUAUCUACCUCUUGCUCCAUUUAAUGAAUCCUAAUAAAUAAGAAAAGCCCCGUAUAGACUAGACUCCUAUCCACCGAUCCUUUCAUUUUGGAAUUGCAUGGUAUUCCUUGCUACGCAUCCCGGUGCAUCAUAGCAAAAGACCACAAUCCACCAACCAAGCAAAUGGGUAGCGCCCAAUUGAAGUCGGACCAAUUGCUGGAGCUGAUGAAGCAGCAUCUCGCUACCGAUGAAGGUAAAGACCUCUGCAAGAAGAUUAAUCUUGUCUAUCAGAUCAAAAUCGCGCCCAAGAAACUUGGAUUCGAUGAGGUGACUUAUACUGUUGAUCUUAAGAAAGGGGAGGUCCUCAAAGGAGCAUAUGAGGGAGGAAAGGCUGAUGCCACAUUUUCCUUCAAAGAUGAUGAUUUCGUCAAGGUUGCCUUGGGGAAGAUGAAUCCCCAGAUUGCUUUCAUGAGGGGUGCAAUGAAGAUCAAGGGAAGUCUGAGUGCUGCACAAAAAUUUACCCCUGACAUCUUCCCGAAGCCUCCAGUUUCGAAGCUGUGAGCACACGGUAGUUUGGGGGGUUUAGUUACUUUUUAGAGGAUUUUAGAUGUUUCUCUAAAAAAUAUACUUGGACUGAAAAUUAUCUUCUUCGUUAAUUUCUACUGGGAAAGUUGAAAAUGGUUUACCAUACCUGUUCCCAUUAUCUGGCUUUCCUUAAAAUAUGUAAUUGUCUUCAUGCAUAUUAUCGAUCAUCAAUUCCAUUUCCAUCCUGCUAGCAAGUAGACAAAAUUGCGUAUGAACGGUAUUUGUGUAUUUUAAUAGAUUAUUCGACUCCGUUGCAUUUAA